AUGGCCGCCACAGGCCUCCAUGACCGCGAGGUACAGUGCGCAGAUAACGAAUUCGCCAUCUUCGACCCGCCUAGCGGCGCCACAUGUGGGGAAUAUCUCGAACGAUACCUCGCCGCGGGCGCGCCGGGUCGUUUGCUCAACCCCGGCGCCACGGAGGCAUGCAGAUACUGUCCCAUUCGGAGUGCGGACCAGUUCCUCGCGACGUCUGAGAUAUUUUGGUCAAACCGCUGGCGCAAUUUCGGGUUUGGGUGGGCGUAUAUUGGGUUUAAUGUGUUUGCGGCGGUGUUGUUGUAUUACAUGCUGCGAGUGAGGAGUUCGAAGGGGAAGACGAGCAAGUGGGCGAGUUUGAUGAAGCAUUAUUUGUGCCGUGCGGGGAGUUGGGUCAGGGCGUUGUUUACGAUGCGGUUUGAGAAGACACCGCAGGGGAAGAUUCAUUUGAAUCAGAAUCUUCUUUGA